GUCUAAAGUGAUGAAGAACUGGGGCGUCAUCGGGGGGGUGGCCGCUGCGGUGGCCGCGGGGAUGUACGUGCUGUGGGGUCCCAUCACCGAGAGGAAGAAGCGCAGGAGAGGACUUGUACCUGGGCUUCUGAACUUGGGAAACACCUGUUUCAUGAACUCCUUGCUGCAAGGCUUAUCUUCUUGCCCAUCUUUCGUCAAGUGGCUGGAGGAAUUUACAGCACAGUACAAGACAGAGCAGAACCUGCCCACUGAGCAUCGAUACUUGUCAGUCACUUUGCUGCAUCUCCUAAAAGCUUUGUCCUGUCAGGAGGUGACAGAAGAUGAUGUCCUGGAUGCCAGCUGCCUGUUGGAAGUUCUACGGAUGUACAGGUGGCAGAUCUCCUCCUUUGAAGAGCAGGAUGCUCAUGAACUAUUUCAUGUCCUUACCUCUUCCUUAGAGGAUGAACGGGAUCAUCAGCCUCGUGUGACACAUCUGUUUGAUGUGCUUGCUCUGGAGCAGCCAGAGAUAACCCAAAAGCAAAUAAGCUGUAGAACAAGAGGGCCCCUUCCCCCUGUGUCAAACCAGUGGAAGUCACAGCACCCCUUCCAUGGAAGGCUGACCAGCAACAUGGUUUGCAAGCACUGUGAGCACCAGAGCCCUGUGAGGUACGACACCUUCGACAGCCUCUCUCUGAGCAUUCCUGCAGCCGUGUGGGGUCGUCCUCUAACACUGGACCACUGCCUCCAUCACUUCAUCUCCUCUGAAUCUGUGAAGGAUGUGGUGUGUGACAACUGCACUAAAAUUCAGGCUAAAGGAACCCUGAAUGGCCAGAGCAUAGAAAACCAGAGAACAACAUUUGUGAAGCAAUUAAAGUUAGGAAAGCUGCCUCAGUGUUUGUGCAUCCAUCUGCAAAGGCUGAGCUGGUCAAACCAAGGCACCCCUCUGAAACGCCACGAGCACGUGCAGUUCAAUGAGUUCCUCAUCAUGGACAUCUACAAAUACCACAUUCCUCUUCAUAAAGCAAGCCAGAGUGAGCUGAACCAGAAAAAAACUGAUGAGACAAUGCCUGGAACAAAAGAUGGCAUAGCAGGAAAACCUUCAGAUGCAGAACAGCCACCUGGAACUAGACCACUCUUCAUGAAUGGUGCCUGCUCCUCUUCCUUUUUAAUGUCCUCUGGAACCUUUCCACUUGCUGCAUUCCCUGAGUGCAGCUCCCCUGCCUACCUGUACCGCCUGAUGGCGGUGGUGGUGCACCACGGGGACAUGCACUCUGGACACUUCGUGACUUACCGCCGCUCGCCGCCGCCCGCCAGGAGCCCCCUGCCGGUCAGCAGCCAGUGGCUGUGGGUUUCUGACGACACCGUCCGCAGAGCCAGCCUGCAGGAAGUCCUCUCCUCCAGCGCUUACUUGCUCUUCUACGAGCGUGUUCACUCCAGGCUACAGCACCAAAGGGCUGAAGAGUGA